CGUAUAUAGAGAGCGUCAACUAGGGCAUUAUUGCAGUAGCAUUCCUCUAAGCCGCAGGUCUUAAACGAGGACGAAGCCAUGGGGAGAAGACCUGCAAGAUGUUACCGUCAGAUUAAGAACAAGCCAUACCCAAAGUCACGGUUUUGCCGUGGUGUCCCAGAUCCAAAAAUCAGGAUCUAUGAUGUAGGUAUGAAGAAAAAGGGAGUUGAUGAGUUUCCAUUCUGUGUUCACUUGGUCAGUUGGGAGAAGGAGAAUGUCUCCAGUGAGGCGCUUGAAGCUGCCCGUAUUGCUUGCAACAAGUACAUGACCAAGUCUGCUGGGAAAGAUGCUUUCCACUUGAGGGUCAGAGUUCAUCCCUUCCAUGUUUUGCGUAUUAAUAAGAUGCUGUCGUGUGCUGGAGCUGAUAGGCUCCAAACUGGAAUGAGGGGAGCUUUUGGUAAGCCCCAGGGUGUUUGUGCUCGUGUUGCUAUUGGUCAGGUUCUUCUCUCAGUUCGCUGCAAAGAUGGCAACAGCAACCACGCCCAAGAGGCUCUGCGCCGUGCUAAGUUCAAGUUCCCUGGUCGACAAAAGAUCAUUGUCAGCAGGAAGUGGGGGUUCACCAAGUUCAGCCGUACUGAUUAUCUGAAAUACAAGUCAGAAAACCGUAUCGUCCCAGAUGGUGUGAAUGCUAAGCUUCUUGGGUGCCAUGGUCGACUUGCUGCACGGCAACCUGGAAGGGCCUUUCUUGAAGCAGUUUAGGAAUUGGAGCGCCAUAAUAUCCGACUGAAUGAAAUUUUGUGGCUUGACCUUCUCUCUACUUGUGAACUAUUAUUGGAGUUUUUAUCAAGUUGAAAAUUUGAGCGCAUCGAGAAGGAUUGACUGCUCUUGAUUAAUUUUUGCUAUUCUUGUGCUGUCCCUUGCCGUCUAGCUGUAGAAGGUUAAUUUCAAUUGCUUCUUAUUUAACUUCACCAACCACAUUAACGUUGUGCUUUUGUUGAUGUAUAGAUUUUUCUCUGCACUCUAGAUUUAGGAGUAGGAACUUAGCAAGUUACGAUUAUUCAGUAGUUGCUCAUAGUAUAAGCGGUCAUUUAUCUUGAAAAAUAUUAGACUGGAAGGAUAUUUACACAAAUAGAUGGUUGGAUAUUAGACUGGAAGCAGUCAUUUAGUCUUUUGGAUAUUUA